GCAACAUGGAUAGAACUGAGAUUCUGAACGCGCUCGCACAUGAGUCAAGGCACGAGCGCCCUCAGAGCGUCGAACUUCGGCAACAAGCCCACUCCAUCAUAUCCAGCAUCCCGCACGACGAGGGCCAAGGCCAUCCAGAUCAUCUCCCAGCCGCGCUCCUCGAUCUUCUCACCCAGAUCAUCAAGCCGCUCUUCACAAAAACCAAACAUCCACACUUGACAUCCACGGGCCGCAAGUCCCUUGUUCCAGGACCGCCGCCCUCGAUAGCAGCAGCGCGCUUCCUCUCGCCCCUCGACGACGAUGAACAGGAAGAGAGCCAGAAACCAUGGAAGCGGACCCCCUUCACCGUGCCUCUGCUCAAAUACGUCUUACAGAGCUAUCUAUCUCUCCCACAACCGGUGCAGAAAUCUACCAUCGAAUCCCACUUCCACCUCCUUGUCCCACCGAUCCUCAACAUGAUCGAUGACGCAUCCCCCCAGUACAAAUCCGAAGGCUGCCUGCUACUACAUCUGCUCUGCACGACAUUAGUCUCCGCGCAAAGCGACAUGUUGCGACGUACCGGAUUGACGGACGUAUUCGUCGAUGCGCUCAAGACGAAUUUCUUGCUGCUGCCCACCCUGACACCCGAGGAGGACAGUCUGCUGGUCCUGAGGGAGCUCUAUCCGGCCUAUCUGGCGCUGGUGGACGCGCGGUUCCUCAAACUUCAAGUGGCCAUGGCCGAGGGGGUUGAUAUCUCCACGGGCAAGAAGACCGACGCCGGGGCGACGUGGGCGAUGGGAGAGGACUUCGUGGCCAGGGAAGCCCUGCUCACUAAGCUCUACAGACACGGUAUAUUGGCGUCGUUGUCCCACCUGUCCUCAUCCACGGACGCCUUUUCAAACACAAUCUGCGCCCCGAUAACGAUCUUCCUACUCAAACAGAUCCCGCCCGUAUUCAGGCGGCUGGGUAUUCACGCCGUGAAGCAUCUCCAGAAACUUUUGCCCAUGACGAGGAUGGCCUUGAUGGACCCAUUCGUCCUGGCGGCUCCCGAGAUGGCGCUCGCCUUGCUAGGCGUUCUCGAAGUGGUCGUCGAGGUGUGCGCGCCGAGGGUCAAGGACAAGUGGUGGGGCGAGAUUCUAAGGGGUUGUGUCGCAUGCUGGUGCAACUGUUUGGACGAGAGAGAAGGCGCGAGUGAAAAGACCGCGAAGGCUACACAUGAGGUAAUGAAGAGUGCGAAGGGAGUGGUCAAGAUGCUGCAAGGUGUCCUGGGAAGAGAGGAGUGGGAAGGCGUCAAGGGGAAGCUGCUCGAAGAGGAGAAAGAUUUGAACGGACUGUUUGAAGACUAAAGAAUGCUGUGACUGAGGGAUCAUCCGGGGACAUGCUUCCAGGAAUCGGCAUUUCAGAAAUUACGCAUGGGAUGGAGGCGAGCAAGCCCAGCCAGUGCAAAGAAACAUGGACAGGCGUAUGCUGGCCUUCUGCGGUCAAUCAAUUAUUGCUGUGUCCUUUUGCAUGAACAAACACAAACUCGAGCCAUCAACCCGUUCCAAGAGAAUGUCAAUCUAUUGGGGUAUCACGAAAAGAGCAACACAAAUGAAAAGCCAUCCCAAAACCUGACCUUGCUGUCAACUCCCCGUCCGGCGACGGCAAUCAAGUAAAGGAUCGAACAAACGCCCGCUUAACCGACGACCGGCCCAUCAGCAUUUCCUUCCAACUCAUCGCCGACCACGGGCCUCUGCUUGAACAGACUCUUGCCCCUCAACCACUUCCUGUACGCCUUGUACCUCUUCUUCCCACCGUCCUCCUCCAUCACGGUCAGCGGUUCCUCCACCUGCCCACUCGCCACAAACUCGAAGUACUCAUCAAUGCUGGCCUCGGCUCUCUCCUCCAUGGUCAAAGUCACUGCACCGCGCUCGUCAUCGAAGUGCCU